GCCGCCGCCGAGCCCCUGGCGACUAGACCUCCUCGCUGUGCGGCGUGUCUUCCGUGCCGUGCCCGCGGUCGGCGCACGUUGCUGUUGUCCUGAGACAGCCUCGGUGCUUUUGCUAUAAGGCUUCCCGUCGUCGACGCGCACUUAAGUUCGUGGGGGAUGCCGCGGGGUGCACCAGCUUAGUGUAACAAGACUUUUAAUUAAAAUGUAUACCGUUCCCUCUCUCAUACAAAACCUGCGCCGCGUUCUGCGAAUCGAUAGCAAACUGCGUAGUCUCCGCUCAUGAAUUAUUCGGGAACGAUCGCGUAAAGCGCUGCUCCGAUGGACCGCAAAGAUUGCGUGAGAAGGAAACUAGUACCAGUCUACUUUCAAAACACAAACACGAUCACACCUACAGUUAACCAAAAGCGUCGUAAAGUCAAAAACUGUCUCAUUAUGGAGCAUAAGUUUUCAAGUGAUCUUGAUUGAAAGUAAGUCGUAAUGAUCGACGUGCUGAUUUAUCUGUUAAUUAAUUACGUCUAAAUUUUGCGUGGAACGGAUGAAAUCACAAUGAGACCACGGAAGAAGUAUACUUCUCUCCUGAACUGUUGUUGUCUCUGCAACAGAAUAGUUUACGUCCUUUUGGUGAUCCUUGCCAACGGUAUCACUUCAAAGAUAUUAGACGACGAAACAGUGAUGGCCUCGGAUAUCCAAGCUGUGGAGGGCGGUGUUGCUAAACUACCCUGUGACGUCGUGCCGCCGCUCGCAGGGGACAGGGUGCACCUCGUCAUAUGGUACAAGGAUGGUGUCACGUCACCCAUUUACAGCGUGGACGCGCGCGGUAAGCCGGUGGAGCAGGCGAAGCACUGGUCUGAGGAGGCGACGCUGGCGGGGCGCGCCUACUUCCGCUUCCAGGAGCGGCCGGCCCGCCUCACGCUGGAGAGCGUGCGCGACGCCGACUCCGGCACCUACCGCUGCCGCGUCGACUUCCGGCGCUCGCCCACCCGCAACUCCAAGGUCAACCUCAGCGUCAUCAUUCCUCCAGAGCAGCUCAUGAUCCUGGACGACAAGGGAUCGAACAUACCGCAUUAUAUCCUCGGUCCGUACAACGAGGGCUCCGAUGUCGACAUCACCUGUAUUGCCACUGGAGGGCGCCCGUCGCCGCGCGUCACGUGGUGGCAGGACAACGCGCUGCUGGACGACUCCUGGGAGUCCCUGGGCGGACGGCGCGUGCGCAACACGCUGCACCUGGAGAAGCUGUCGCGGCGUCAGCUGCACGCCGUGCUCACCUGCCAGGCCUCGUCCAGCCCGCUGGCCGCUCCGCUCUCUGGAGCGGUCACCCUCGACCUCAACCUGCGGCCUCUUUGGGUGCGCCUGGUGGGGGAGAACCGGCCGCUGUCUGCGGACAACACAUACCAGCUGUCGUGCGAAGCGGUGGGCACGCGGCCACAGCCAGUCUUCUCCUGGUGGAAGGCCGGCGUCCAGUUGCGCAACUCGCGCGAGACGACGAGUGCAGACGGGAACACCACCACCAGCACGCUGACUUUCGUCCCUAUCGUGGAAGACAGCGGCAAGAAGGUCACGUGCCGCGCCGGGACGCCGCUCAUUCCGGACAGCACCCUAGAGGACUCCUGGAAGCUCGACAUCUUCCAUGUGCCUAUAGUAACCCUGGAGUUGGGAGGAGCUGUCAACGCGAGCUACGUCCGAGAAGGCUCCGAUGUCUACUUCGAGUGCAACAUCAAAUCCAAUCCAUGGAUCUACAGGGUUACCUGGAGGCACAAUGGCCAGCUACUGUAUAACAACGCCAGCGGCGGGACCUUGGUCAGCAACCAGAGCCUGGUGCUGCAGGCCGUCAACCGGGAGCGCACCGGCUUCUACACGUGCGUCGCUAGCAACCAGGAGGGCGACGGCGAGAGCAACCCCGUCUACCUGGACGUCAAAUUCCGUCCCGUGUGCACACCCGGCCAGACGCAGACGUACGGCGUGGCGCGCCAGGAGACGGCGCGCGUGUCCUGCGAGGUGGAGUCGAACCCCGGCGACGGGCUGAGCUUCAGCUGGCGCUUCAACAACUCGGUGGAGGCGGCGGACAUCCCGGCGUCGCUGGUGGCGGUGGAGCGCGUGCGCAGCGCCGCCCUCUACACGCCGCACAGCGAGCUCGACUACGGCUCGCUGCUCUGCUGGGCCAAGAACGACGUCGGCGACCAGCAGGUGCCCUGCGUCUUCCACAUCGUGCCCGCAGGGAAACCAGACGACCUGCGGAACUGCAGUAUUGUGAACCAGACGGCGGACUCACUCCACGUGGAAUGCACGGAGGGCUUCGACGGCGGGCUGCCACAGGAGUUCGUGAUGGAGGUGUACGACGCGGCGUCCCAGGCGCUCGUGGGCAACGUCAGCUCGCGCGCGGCCACGUUCACCGUCAGCGGCUUGCAGCCGGGGCUCGGCUUCGACGUCGUUCUCUUUGCUGCCAACGCUAAAGGACGCAGCCGCAUCAUCACCCUGCACGCCUAUACGCUGCAACCCGCAGAGCGUCGAGCAGAAACGCCGCUGCUGCCGGGUGUGACGCCGGUGGUGGGGGCGGUGGCGGGCGGCGGCGCGCUGGGGGCGCUGCUGCUGGGGGCGGGGGCGGCUGUGGCGGUGGUCCGCGCCCGCCGCAAGAGACCGUCGGCGCAGCAGCAGCAGCAGCAGCCGCCGGCCACGCCGCUCUCUAAGGACAGCGACGAGGGCGGCUGGGGCGGCGGCUCCGCCAACGGGCCCGUCACCGCCGUCGCCGUCUGUGCGCUCGACAAGCAGCGAGCCAAGGCCGACGCCGCUGCGCCGCACGACGAGAACAACCCUGACGUGGUGCCCCACAUCUGUGAAAACGACUACAGGAGGAUCGAAAGAGACAAGAUCAUGGAGAAAGAAAGUCUUUCACGAGCUUUAUACAUGAAUGAAACGACAGACUGCCACACACAAAGCAAUGAAGCAUUUGAAAAGAGGAGUAACGUAAUUUCAGGAAAACAGGUACCAAUAAUUUCCGUAAGCUGCAGUGAGGACAACUCUUCGAACCCGCCACGGGUUUCUGUGACCAGAUUUUGAAGAAAUGUAAUUUGAGAUGCAACUGGGAAACAACUUCUGUUGCAGCGUUUGAAGAAGUUCUUUGUUCGACAUGGAAUUCGUCUUGUCAGCAGCAGAGAAAACUUGGACAAUUAAAUUUCUCCUUCUACAUCAGUGACUGUGACCGAAAGCGUUAUUUCUCAGUGCACGUAGCUAUGAUGUGCAUUACUGAAAAAAGUGUGUUCUGUGAAAACAGUACUUUGAAUAAGAACUAUGAUUUAUGUUGUCCUGCUGCGUAAAAUCUCAGGUA